AUGAACAGUUGCUUAUUUUUAAUUAUUUUUGUGGUUGAAACUUAUACUUACGUAUGUGACUGUUACCCAAAAGGAGAUAAACAAACUGAUGAAAAUGCGUUUAACUGUUCUAAUCACGUUUUUUCAGAAAGUUCUUCUUUAUGUUUAACAGAAGAUUUUUGGUUUACAAAAGAUUUAUCAUUAGGUUCACUUUUAAUAAAAUCUUCAGAUGUCAUGACCAUAAUUUCGAAUAAAUGGAUAAACGUUUUACAACUCUUUUAUAUUUCCAAAGACACUACUCUUGUUCUCAAUGGGUUAUUUCACUCAGAAAAAAAUUUGACCGUAGAAGAUAAUGCAACAAUAAACAUUUUUGGUCAAUUUUCAAUAAGUGGAAAUUUGGCAAUUGUGAAUCCACAACUUAAUAAGCCACGUAUAAUGUUAUGGCAAUCUAAUAGGCUUCACUUGUACAUAAACGACAAAAAAACAAAUUUUUCUAUUGUAAAUCCCAUUCAAAAUGUAAAUUGUUUCGAUGUUUUUUCAAUGAAUAACUCAACUUGUUUAAAUUUUGACACAACUAACACUCAUCUAAAUUCAACUGAUUUUUCUCAUAAUUUUACCGAAGGUGUUGCAUUUUGUCCAAAAAAUACAAUACUUGAUAACACAGUGAUAUGUACUUUAAAUCAAAAUAUAUAUCAAACAAAUUACACCGCAAAUACAAACUAUGCGUUUGAAAAUCCACACUGCCCGUGUGACGAUAAAAACACAAGUUGUUAUUUAUAUUUAAAUCAAAACGUUUCAAUUGUCAAUUUUAACAAUCACAAAAUGCCAAAUACAAUUUAUGUUAUUGACAAAGACGUGAAGAUAUUAAACGCAAAUACAAUCAAAGAAAUUGAUAUUGCAGACGAUGUUAGUGUUGAUAUAACAUCGUUGUAUACUGGCGAUAUUAUCAAGUUUUCAUUUGGGACUUUAAAUGUACUAAAGAGUGAUACACAAUCAACUUAUUUAUUAAAAUACAACUCAUUAACACACACAUUAAAUAUAUCUCAAAACUUGUAUUUUGGUAUUAAUAUAUCAAGUGGAAUAACAGAGAUUAAAUUAAAUGUUAAAGGAGCAAUUGAAAAUGUUACAAUUAAUAAUAAUUGUUCUGUAUCAUUUGGAGAAAAUGUGACAAUAGUGAAUCAACUCACAUUUGCACCUUUUAUUGAUACAAAUGUCGUUGUCGUGUUAUAUUUUGAAAAUGAUACAGUAGAGAACUCGAUAAGUCCAAAUUGUAUAUUGAUGAAAAGUUCUUUGUCAAGUACAAUUUGUUUAAAAUGUAAUGCAAAAACUAUACUUGUUGGUGGUUCCUGUGUCGAAAUAACUGAUAACUGUCGAAGUUUUAAUAAAGAAAAUUAUUGCAUUGAAUGUAAAAUUGGCUAUUAUUUGGAUUCCAAAAAUGAAUGUAAAAAUUUUGAUUAUUCUUGUAAUAUCGGCAAUGAAAGUGUGUGUAUCAAAUGUGAUAAUUAUCAUUUUUUUAAUAAUGGAGUAUGUAUUUCAAACGAAAAAUGUAAAGCAACUAAUGGUAUUAAUUGCUUAAAAUGUUUAGCAGGAGAACUUACAAACAAUUGUGAUUUAUGCAGUGUUUUCAAUUGUAUGACAUGUGUUAACAACAAUUGUAUUAUAUGUAAUGAUGGCUAUUAUCUUGGAAAUGAUGGAAUUUGCCAUUUAACACUUGACACAUCGGUUUAUUUUUACAACAACAUUAUUUACUGUAAAGAUGGGUAUUACAUUGAUAACUCUGAGUGCAAAAAUUGCUUAUUAAAAAAUACAAAUUUGACCAAGUGUGAUGUUAAUAAGCCAAUUCAAUGUUCUACUAAUUUUGAAAUCACAGAAAGCGGAAAUUGUGCAUCGACAACAUGCAAAAACAAUGAAGAGUAUGAAGAAAAUGGGAGGUGUUCUAUAACGCAAGAAAAUUGUGUUUUUACACUUAAUAACAAGUGUGUUAAAUGCAUUGAUAAUUACACAAUAAACGACAGUGGUAAUUGUAUACAAAACGAUGGAAAUAUCAAACAAACUAAUUGUGAAAUAGCAACAAAGUAUGGGUGUGUGAGGUGUGAUGACAAUUACUUUUUGUCAUAUAGAAAGUGUGUGAAUUGUGAUAAUAACUGUGACACUUGUAUAUCAACUUCGACAUUUUGUCUUUCAUGUAAAGCUGGAACUUUUUUGAGUGACCACAAGUGUAUUACAAAUAAUGAUUUGGAUGGUAUUUGCAAACAAUUUAUAGCAUCGGGUGGGUGUGUCAAAUGUAUUGAUGGAUAUUACAGAAGUGAGUUGUCUUGUGAGAAAUGUGAUGUUAAAUGUGGGACUUGCAACAAUAGAGAAAGUUGUUUGACAUGUAACUUGACAAAUUAUAUAACAUCAAAAAAUGAAUGCAAACCACAAAGCGACAUUGUUGGGUGUCAAGUAGAAACAACACAAAAUGGAUGUUCAAAGUGUUCUGAUGGGUAUUUCUCAAUCAACACAAAUGAGUGUGAGAAGUGUGGCGCGACUUGUGCAACGUGUUCAAAAACAAAAGAAAUGUGCACUUCAUGUGAUACAAAUAAAGUUUUGGUUGACUCACAAUGUGUUGAUAUUUUAUUAAUAACAAAUUGCAAAAAAGUUGGUGAUUCAAAAUGCACAAAAUGUUCAUUUUGGCACACACCAAGCGUAGAUGGCACGUAUUGCAAAACUCAAGUAGUGUGGUGGAUUAUAGUGAUUAUAGUACUUUUCAUAAUAUGUAUAUUUAUUGUGACGACAUUGGUGAUUGUGUUAAUCGCAAAACACGUCUCAAAAUAUUUGAAAGAGAAGUCCAUUGAGACGACAACGACACUCUUUGAUAUGUCAAAGUCGAACAUUCAAUUUGUGACAAUUGGUGAUGGUGUUGUGGUAAAUAAAACAAAAAUUGUUUUCAACGAUGGCGAAGAAGUCGAAGUCAACGAAAAGCAGAGAGAUUUGUUGUGUGUUGGUAAUGUCACCAAACACAACAUGAAAAUCCAAAUUACAACACAAACACUCACAAACCAGAAAUAUCAAAUUGAAAGUAAUCCGCGAAUAGUUGUGUUACCAAAAGGCUUUGCGUGUGAAUUUGAGAUAUUACUGACACUUCUGUGUACUUCUAAAAUUGAAAGUAAAAUACUGUUAGUGGCCAAUUCGUAUACACAACAAAAAGCAAUUUGCAAAGAAAUUGGGAUAUCUGCUGUAUCAAAAAUUUCAAUUCGAAUUGAUCCAGACGAGUUAAUAGAAGGUGUUAAAAUAGGAGAAGGAUCCUUUGGUAUUGUAUACAAAGGAAAAUACAUGGGAAACACUGUUGUUAUUAAAAAGAUGAAAAGUGCACAAGAAAACGUGAUGGAUGAAUUCACCAAAGAAGUUUCUAUGUUGGACAAAUUCCGAAGUGAGUACAUUGUCCACUUCUAUGGCGCUGUAUUUAUACCAAAUAAAGUGUGUAUGGUUACUGAAUAUGCACAAUUUGGAAGUUUGAAGGAUUUGAUAAAUCACAAAAAUUCAAAAGAAGUUAAUAUGCAAAUUCGUGUUAAAAUGAUGUUGGACGCUGCUAAAGGUAUUUUGUAUUUACACUCAAACGGGAUAUUACACAGAGACAUCAAACCAGACAACAUUCUAGUGUUUUCACUUGAUGUGAAUAACAAAGUCAAUGCAAAAUUAACAGACUUUGGAGCAAGUCGAAAUAUUAAUAUGUUAAUGACGAAUAUGACAUUCACAAAGGGAAUUGGUACACCAAAGUACAUGGCACCUGAAGUCUUAAACAAAGAGAAGUACAAAAAGGCGGCUGAUGUGUAUUCAUUUGCUAUUACAAUGUAUGAGUGUUUUACGUGGAGUGACGCAUUUCCAAAGGAUGUCUACAAGUACGCGUGGGAUAUUGCAGACUCGGUGUGUUAUGGCAAGCGCCCUGAUUUAAUGAUGCUGACUGAAAAACAAAAAGAAGUUGUUGUUAAGGCGUGGCAACAAACACCAAAAGAAAGACCUGAUAUUGCGAUGCAACUUUUUUACAUAUGUUUUACAUUCCUUGUAUUUCACAACAACAAUUUGUUAUUCAAAAUUAUCAAUCCACACUUCCAAAUUUGUUUGUUCAAAAUCAACUUGUUGAACUAUCUAAAACUGUUGAAAUACAAGAAGAAACAUAUUUAUCACAAUUUGAUACUACGGUUCGAGUCAACAAAACAACAAUAUCAAGCACAAGUGGAACAUAUUUGCCUGUUGAUGAUGAUUGUGUGUUAUAAAGACGGAGCUUCACAUGAUGUUUUUAAAUGCAGCCGUUAUUCCAAUGACUGUAAAUUUAUAAUUAGCAUUGUUGAAUUUUAA